AUGGAAAAUAAUGGAAAGCUGCGGCCAUUUGAAGCUCUUGAGGAAGAUUACUAUAUGGGUGAAGAGGCACGAGGAGGCGUCGGGCGAGACAGUGAAGAGGAGCUGAGUUCUGAUGAUGAGCUACAGCAGGAGCUAUGCAAAUUGGCUGGUAUAAAAAGAGAAUGUGUUCAAAAACGCCGCUCGGACAAACCAGUGAAGUCGGAAUUCGAAAUGGACAUGGAAUGCGAACUGGACCAGUUGAUUACAGAUUACGCUAAUGAACAUCUCAGUGGUAAUACAAAACAACGAGGGGCAGCAGCGAUUACUCAAGAAGAAUCUCUAAAACGCAAGGAAGAUGAGGUGCCUGCGCUAGUGAGUGACAACGAAGACGAAAACGAAGGCGGAAGUAGUGGUGAUAGAAGAGAUGAUGCAGAACAGUCAGUUCCUACAAAACGAGUGAGAUUGGAUGUGCAAGCUCAGCUAGAACCGCUUCCCAAGAUCGAAGAAAUGGAAGAAAUGGAGGUCGAUACAGUACGCCCUAGCAGUUCAUCAACCGGUCAGCCGUCAGCGCUCCGAACCGAUCACUCGAUGGAAACGUCGUCUGUGAAGAGCGAACCAUCUGAAAUGGAUGCAAAUGUGAAAACGGACCGCACAGAGGAAUCUGGUGAAGCGACCGAAGAGGACAAUCCCAUCAAAAAGGCGGCAAAGCAAACAAUGAAGGAUGUGAAAGCCGAGUUACCCGAAUUUUAUGACCCGGAUGAAGAUGACCAAAAUGAGCAAUGGAUGCAACAGCAGCGUAAACGAACGACAGGCACCAGUAAUGCACCAAAAAAUGAAAAAGAAGCAAGAUCUCGAUCAGCAGUUGAAGCGGAACGAUUGCGAAGAAAGAGAGCCAUGGAAACAGAGGAGGAAAGGGCAGAAAGACUACGAAUGCAACGUGAGAGAGCGAGAUUGCGUCGUGCCAGAGAAAGUGAAGAGGAACACGAAAAGCGGCUUGAGCAAAUGUGGCUCUACAGACAAGAACGAUCAUCCCUGGAAACCCCAGAGGAACGUGAGAUGCGACUACAGAGAAGAAGGGAAGCGGAAAGGCGAAGAGAGGAGAGGUCCAACGAAAAAGAGCUGAGACGGGAGCGAAAUCGACUUUCACAGAUGAAAAAACGUGAAAGAGAAACAGCCGAACAACGAGCCGCUCGUCUAGAAGCGAAUAGAAUUCGGAACAGACUGAAUCGCCAGUGUGGCAGGCCUCGCAUCGACGGCAACUCUGACGCUGUCUUGUCCUGCCCAGGAUGCAUGGUGCUACUGACAAGGGAUUGCCAACGACAUGAAAUUUAUAAUGAUCAGUACAGGGCGAUGUUCGUCGAGAAUUGCCGGGUUGAUCAAACAACUAUCAAAAUAGAGAAGACCGGUAAAGAAAGACGUCGUGAACGCCAAAAAAUGAGAAAGAUGGGUGUGGACCCUGCUCAGUUACCGGUUAAGGAUACAGGUAUUGUUUUUGUAAUGGUGAAAAAUAGUGGUACUGAUUUCCAGGAUUCUGCAGAGGACACAUUUCUGCCAGUGCAUUGUGCUGUGUGCUCGACGAACGUCGCUGUGAUGGAUCAUGAUGAAGUCUAUCACUUUUUCAAUGUGCUCACGGGUUAUGCAUGA